AUGAAGGUGAUGAAGAAGAAAGUGACAAUGAAAUUGAUGAAGUUCAAGAACAAGUGCAAGAACAAGUCUAAGGAGGAGACGCUUAAAAACAAGAAUCACAGGGAUGUCGUGAGUCUUAUGAAGCCAAGAACGUUAGUGAGUAUGAUGAGGCAAUGGCCACCGCAAGCAAUAGAAUCAACCGUUGGAGAAGUUCCGGAAGUAAUCGAUCUAGUCAAUUCUACGGGGUUGAUACCUGCGGUCGAGAAUUUGGACCUUGGUUACGACAAACCUCUUUGUUCCGCCUUUGUCAAGAGAUAUGACUGGGAAACGGAUACUUUGCAUCUUCCGUUUGGAGAAAUGACGAUAACUCCAAAUGAUGCGAAGUUCAUUACCGGGCUAAGCAUAGAAGGUAAAUCCAUGAAGCACAAAGAGUACGCGCAAGAGCUUGAGUGGAACAAGAUUUACGCGUUCACCAAGGAUGUGUUCCAAUGGGAUGGGGAGAGGACCAAGUCAGAGAUGCUGGUAGGCAAGUCAAAGCAGAGGAUAUUCCAUCUGUCGAAGCUGGGGGACAACUUCAUGGGAACAAAGAAGCUUCGUGCUGAGGGAAAAGAGGUGACGCCGGAACGUAUCAUCGCCACGGCCAAUGCGUAUGUCCUCUACUUCCUGGGAGCUGUUAUCUUCCCCGACAUUUCUGGUGCCCGUGUGAGCGUCAACUUUAUCCAGCUGUUGCAACCAUUUGACAAGAUUCACGAAUACUCUUGGGGCACUGCCAUCCUUGCACACUCGUUGAACGAGUUGAGAAAGGCUUCUAGGGAUCAAAGGAACCAAAUCGGAGGGAAUAUGGCUUUUCUGCAGGUUUCUGUUACUGAGUAA